AUGUCAGGCCGCGUAUUAAGAACGAAUGCGCCCUUGCCCUCCGAGCGCCUAUCGUUCUGGCCCCAGCUGGGGCAGUCCGCAUCCCUCAAGACCUUGACCGACCAGGUCCCCGGCUGGAAGCUCAAGCCGUUCCUUUACAACUCCGUUUCAUAUAUGAUCGGCGACAUAGUCAAGCUGGCAGGCGGCGAUGCGGCCGAUCAAGACGACCUCCCGGGCGCGUGGCUCGCGGUCCUCAUGAAUUACACCAUCGGUGAUGACCCGGCAGCAGUCACACACGGCAGAAUUGGUGCUGCAGUCGAUAUGAUCGCCGUUGCGUACUUCUACACGGUCCACGACAUCAAGAAGCUUCUCGACGGCAAGAUAAAGAAGCACAAAUUAGGCAAGAUAAAAACAAGUCUACGGAAGGAUGUGCUCGACACGUUCUGCAGCUUGAGGCGCAUGUCCUUGAAUGGCCGGUACCUCUGUACCGAGAUCGAGUGGACGGGCAUCAGCUACCUCCGUGGCCACGUGUCCCCCAGCGACGUCGCCGAUGGCUCCGACAGCCCCCGCCAG